AUGGCGGAUCUCGACAGCGGUACUUUGUUCAGCGUCCAAGGACUGGUGGCAGUCAUCACGGGCGGGGGGACAGGCAUUGGUUUGAUGAUUGCGCAAGCACUAGAGGCAAAUGGUGCGAUUGUCUAUAUCCUGGGUCGACGACAAGAAGUGUUGGAGAAGGCAGCCAACACAGCGAAGCAUGGAAAUAUAUACUACCUUCAGACCGACGUAACAUCCAAGUCCGAUCUCUCCGCAGCAGUCGACCACAUCGCUUCCAAAUCCGGCUACGUCAACCUUGUCGUGGCCAACUCUGGCAUCACCGGUCCGACUCUCAAGGGCUUGGAGAAAGGCGCGUCGCUGGCCGAAUUCCGCAACCACCUCUGGAACUGGGAUAUGAGCGACUUCACGCAGACAUUUGCACUCAACACCACGGCCGCCUUUUUCACAGUCGUCGCUUUUCUCGAGCUACUUGACAAGGGCAACAAGGCUGGAAAUGUUGAGCAGAAAAGUCAGGUCAUAUGCAUCAGCAGCGCUGGUGCCUUCAAUCGUGUACCGAUGGCUGGUUACGCCUAUGCUGGUUCUAAAGCGGCAGCAGUGCAUAUAAUGAAGGCAUUGGCGACGACGCUGGUGCCUUAUGAUAUCCGCUCAAAUGUCCUUGCACCUGGCCUGUAUCCUAGUGAAAUGACUGCAGGUAUGCUCACACAGGAUAAAUGGCCGAGAGACUUUAUACCCGAGCAAAGAGCGGGCGAUAUCAAAGACAUGGCGGGCGCACUGCUCUUCCUCACUAGCAGAGCUGGAGCUUAUAUCAAUGGCAAUGUAUUGGUGACAGACGGUGGGCGUUUGAGUAUCUUGCCCGCAACGUACUGA